AUGAGCCAGCAAUGGGCCCUGGGGGCCAAGAAGGGCCCUGGGCGCCUGGGGGGAGCAAGAAGAGUGUGGGCAGCAGUUUUUUGGCAGAGUGGAAACAGCUUCCAUGUGUUUGACCAAGGCCAGUUUGCCAAGGAGGUGCUUCCAAAGUACUUCAAACACAACAACAUGGCCAGCUUUGUGAGGCAGCUCAACAUGUAUGGCUUUCGGAAGGUGGUGCACAUUGAGCAGGGGGGGCUGGUGAAGCCUGAGAAGGAUGACACUGAGUUCCAGCAUCCCUACUUCAUCCGAGGCCAGGAGCAUCUCCUGGAGAACAUCAAGAGGAAAGUGUCCAGCAUCAAGAAUGAAGACAUCAAGGUUCGGCAGGACAGCGUGACCAAGCUGCUGACUGACAUCCAGGUGAUGAAGGGGAAGCAGGAGAGCAUGGACUCCAAGCUGAUGGCCAUGAAGCAGUAUGCUUCUUCCCCCACCUACAGUGGCUCCAACCUCUAUUCCCCGGAUUCUUCAGCCAACUCUGGUCCCAUCAUCUCCGACGUGACCGAGCUCGCCCAGUCCAGCCCCUCCGCGUCGCCCAGCGGGAGCCUGGAUGGGAGGAGCAGUCCCGUGGUCCGUAUCAAAGAAGAACCCCCCAGCCCCACCCGCAGCCCCCAGGUAGAGGAGACCAGCCCAGGGAACCCUCCUGCUGCUGAGACCCCUCUGUCCCCCUCCACCUUCAUUGACUCCAUCCUGCAGCAGAACAAGAAUGAGCUCAACGACCAUCUGGACACCAUGGAUUCCAACCUGGACAACCUCCAGACCAUGCUGACCACCCAUGGCUUCAGUGUGGACACAAGCGCCCUCCUAGACCUUUUUAGCCCCUCCAUGACGGUUACAGACAUGAACCUUCCUGACCUGGACAGCAGCCUGGCCAGUCUUUUUAGCCCCUCCAUGACGGUUACAGACAUGAACCUUCCUGACCUGGACAGCAGCCUGGCCAGUAUUCAGGAUCUCCUGUCAUCCCAGGAACAGCAGAAACCUGCUGAGACAGAGGCCAGCACGGCAGACACAGGGAAGCAGCUGGUUCACUACACAGCCCAGCCCCUCUUCCUGGUGGACUCAAGUGCCGUGGACGUGGGGAGUGGAGACCUGCCCAUAUUCUUCGAGCUGGGGGAAGGGCCUUAUUUCACGGACGGGGACGAGUGCUCGGAGGAUCCCACCAUCUCCCUCUUGUCGGGGACUGAGCAGCCCAAACCCAAGGACCCCACCAUCUCCUAG